UUUUUUUUUUUUUUUUGGGGAAAAACCCCAGGGAAAAGCCCUAGCUCCAUAGCUGCAACAUUUCUUCUCGAGCUUCCACUCCCUCUGUUCACGGCCCCGCUCGCCGGAAAACCGUUCUUUCAGAGCUUUUGACUUGCUGCCUUGAUUCAUCCUGCUGCUCUGAGGCUUUUCAAUUUUUCAAGGAGCAGAAUUUGAUCUCCUUGGUCUCAAUUGUUGUCGGGUUUCGCUUCUGUUGCCGCGGCAUUUCCGUUACUUCUGGGGGUGGAUCAGUAUGAAUUUGCAGCGGUUAGUUUCAAGAAGAACAGUGACCUGCUUGUCUAGGCUCAAUGGAAGAUUGCUAUCUCAAUGUUCCUAUUCUGAGAGGAAUUUCUCAUCACUUGCCCCGAUUGCACCACCGUCCCGUGCGUUGAAUGCUCCGUGUAAUUAUAUGGUACGAAAAUGGCGGUUCCAGAGAUCCGAUAUUGCGUUCAUUCGUUGCUUUCACUCGGCCCAGGAGGUUGGGGAAAGCGAGACGGAGGACGAUGAUGAGGACGGGACUAUGAACGAGUUUUUGUCCCGUUUCGUGUGGAUAAUGCGUGACAAGCUCAAACAAGCCUACCCUGAUAGCGACAAGUCGACCAUCGACGCGAUGCUCUUGGUCAUUGCGGAGAAGGUGGUCGAUGAGAUAAAGAAGGAUGGGAUCGACAAGAUGCUUCUGGGUGCUGCUCCUUCAGUUCCUUCGGCUGAUUUCAGUGAGGAUUUAUGGAGGAUGGUGUGGGAGGUGAGCAGUAAGGUAUUGGGGGAUAUGGAGAAAGAGAGAAAGAAGGAGAAACUGAAGAGGUUUCUGCAGGAGGAGGAAGUGAAGGAUAUGUGUAGAUUUGCUGGAGAGGUCGGGAUUCGUGGGGACAUGCUGAGGGAGCUUAGGUUUAAGUGGGCAAGUGAGAAGAUGGAAGAGAGCGACUUUUAUGAGAGGUUGGAGGUGAUGAGGGAAAAUGCAGAGGCAAGAGAAGAAGAAGAAGAAGAGGGAGGGGAAGAAGCAAAAGCAUAUGGGGCUCAAGAAGAGGCUGAAGGUGUUGAAGGUGGGCCAAUGGAGGAGAAACGUAAUGUUCUUUCUCUUCCGAAGAGACGAGGGAAGUUCAAGUACAAGAUUUACGGGCUUGAUCUCUCGGAUUCAAGGUGGGCUGAAUUGGCUGAUAAGAUCCAUGAGGCCAAUGAGAUAACUUGGCCUCAAGAACCUAAGCCGAUUACCGGUAAAUGUAAGCUAGCUACUGACAGGAUUUUGUCAAUGAAAGAGGAGGAUGACCCUUCGCCCUUGUUGGCCGAAUGGAAAGAGCUCCUGAAACCUAGCAGAGUUGAUUGGAUGAAUUUGCUCGAUAUUCUGAAAGAAAAAAGUAUUCGCUUGCACUACAAGGUUGCAGAAUUGCUGUUGAGUGAAGAGUCUUUCCAAACAGACAUCCGUGAUUACUCAAAGCUUAUUGAUGCCUAUGCCACAGAGAACUGUCUAGAAGACGCCGAGCGGCUGCUGAAGAAGAUGCAUGAGGACGGUGUCUCACCUGACAUCUUAAUUUCCACCAUUGUGGUCCACAUGUAUUGCAAGGUGGGCAAUCUUGACCGAGCCAAAGAGGCGUUUGACACCUUGCGAGCCCAGGGGUUCCGGCAUAAUAUAAAGGCCUACAACGCAAUGAUCAUGGCCUAUGUGAAGGCAGGCCAGUCCAAGUCGGCUGAGAUGCUGAUGAGGGAGAUGGAAGCAAGAGACCUCAAGCCCACUGAGGAGAUCUACAUGGCACUUCUUCAAUCUUUUGCUCAACAAGGUGAUGUUGGUGGGGCGGGAAGAAUUGCGACUACAAUGCAGUUUGCUGGGUUUCAACCAAGUUCCGAGUCAUGUACAUUGCUAGUGGAAGCUUAUGGGAAGGCUGGGGAUCCAGAUCAGGCCAGAAGCAACUUUGACUACAUGAUCAAAAUUGGGUACCAGCCUAAUGAUCGCAGCGUUGCCAGCAUGAUCGCAGCCUACCAGAAGAAGAAUCUCUUGGACAAGGCCCUGAAUCUCUUGCUCGUGCUUCAGAAGGAACACGGGUUCGAGCCUGGGGUGAGUACCUAUACUGUCCUGGUGGACUGGUUAGGUAAGCUUCAGCUGAUCGAUGAGGCAGAGCAAGCGUUGGGUAAGAUAGCUGAACUGGGCGAAGCUCCUCCUUCGAAGAUCCAUGUAAGUCUCUGCGACAUGUACUCGAGGGCCGGUCUGGAGAGGAAGGCUCUUCAGGCUCUGGGAGUUUUGGAGGCAAAGAAGGAGGAGCUGGGCCAUGAGGACUUUGAAAGAAUUAUAAACGGGCUUAUUAAGGGAGGAUUCUAUAAGGACGCUCAAAGGGUCAAUGGACUAAUGGCAGCUCAGGGCUUCACUCCGUCAGAGCCGCUUAAGGUCGCCUUGGAGGGGUCUCAGAGUGCGGCCUUUAAGGGGAAGAGGCCGUCACCAUCAGGAAGAUAGACUUUGAAUUUCACUUGACAGUUCAGCUUUGAGAGAUCCAGAGGGAAUGCCGAACAAAGAGGUUAGAUGCAUUUAUUCUACUUCUGAGCGUCGUUAUAUAUGGCAAGUUCUUGCAGAGAUUUAGUUGCUGUAUUUAUACCUUGUUCUUUGUUGAUCUGCCAUGAACUGGCGAAUAAGACAACAGAUAGGUAGUCAGCUGAGCUAAUAGGACAAUCUUGUUUAGCCGUUGAAAUCCUUUGCUUCUUUCUUCCUUUGCCUUUCUGAAAUGGCAUGUCAUGUGCGCUUUGGUAUCAGAGGUCGUUUUGUUUUACUAUCGUGUUCACACAAACCAGGGAGACAGUUUUUGCUGCAUAUGCGUUAUUUGCUCCAUCUGCUGUCA